UCCCUGCCCCAACACUGAGGGACUCUGAUUUAGCAGAACUGGCUACUGAAUUUGCUGUUUUUAACAAGUGCCAGGUGGCUCUGUUGCAGGUAGCCACUAAGAAAGUUACUCUGAAUCGGACAGAUCUUGUCUGGACUCCAGCCUGCCACUCACUAGCCGUAUGACUUCACCAAGUAACUUCGUAACCUCUCUGAGCCGGUUUCCUUACCUGUAAAGUAGGCAUGACCACAUCCUCAGGGAGUUAUGAUAAUUAAAUCAGGUGAUGGAUGUGACGGUUUUGGCAUCAUGUCAGUUACGCCGUAGGCUGUCAUCGUUUUUUUUUUAUUGCCAUUCUCGUGUUAUUGCUAUGCCCUGGCAGAACUUCCUCCCUGGAGGACCACUCACUCUUGGGAAUCCUCCAAGUGUGGGCCCAAACCGGCAGCACCACAGUGGCUGGGGGCUGGUGAGAGACGCGGCCCCCGCCCCACGCAGACCUGGGAAUCAGCAUCCGCAUUCUGACAGGGUCCCCAGGAGACCUGUGCACACAUUCAAGUUCGAAAAGCACUGCUGAACGUCACAUGUACCGCGUUCUUCCUGUCUUUAAUUUCAGAGCCAGCCCGGGAGGUCCCGAAGCCCCGGUAUCCCAGAGGCUGAAUCCUCGACCCGGCUCAUUCGGCUGCACCUCCAGCUGAGGACCUUAGGAGAAGGGAUUCCCUCACGGAGCUUCAACCAAGCCCACAGCCUCCGAGCAAGUGAGUGUGGAGCAGGGGAUGGAUCCAAACGCUGGCUUGCUUCCUGCGCCAUCCCGGGCCUGUCCCCAGCCAGCACAACCCGGUAUGGAAGGGAGGAGCAGCCCAUCGCCCCGUGAGCAGGGCAGAGGCGCCUCCUUUCCCUGGAACCAGGUCCCCAAUCCCAGCCUCACGGACCCGGACUGGUUUUGGGAUGAGCACAUCCAGGCAAAGAGGGCCCGCGUGGAGACCAUCAUCCGAGGCAUGUGCCUCUCCCCUAACCCUCUGGUGCUCGGCGGUGCCCGAGCCAGGGACGGCCCCGGCUGCCCAGAGAAGGUCCGGGAGCGGAAGAGGAAGCAGGACCUUCCCAUGCAGCAACCCCCCCUGAAACCAGGCCCUGCCGGGAGCCAGGGCAGCAGGAAGGGGGGCCCUCGCGUGAGAGAACAGCUUCGCCUGCUGAAGCAACAGCUGAGACGACUGCAGGAGCACCUCCUGCAGGCCGAGCCCCGGGACCCCGCGCCCGGCCCCGGGAGUGCCCAGCGGAGGGAUGGCUGUGGGCGGCCCGGGGCCAUGGACAGUGGCCGCCACCAGGGUUCCAGUGGGGACCUCCCUGGGGUGGAAGAACACAGAGUGGCUGAGGUCGAUCACCAGCCGGAGGAAGUCAGGUUCCUUCCUUGUGGGACACGUGCUUUGCUGGAGACCCUGCGGAAGGAACUGACGGGGGCAGUGUCCCAGGCCGUGGACUCAGUGUUGCAAAAGGUACUGCUGGACCCGCCAGGCCACCUGACUCAGCUGGGCCGAAGCUCCCAGGGGCUGGUGCCAGGGGGCAGAAGCGAGACUUCACCUGAGGGAGGUGCCUGUGAAAACCCCCUCCCGCUGGCCGCCUUGCCCAGGGGGGCCCAGGCCCAGGCCCCGGCUGGGUGCCCACUGGGAAACUCAUCACUGGCCAAGCCUCUAGACUCUCCUAGAUACCCUGUCUCCCCAAGAAUGACCUCCAAACCCUGCCAGGCCCCCCCAGCAAACUGUGCCGUGACCGUGCCUUCCCUCAUGCAGGAAAGUCAGAUUCUUGGUCAGCUCCUGGGUCAUGGACCCCCUGGACACUGGAGCGGCCGUCUCCCCCAGGGCGCAUCUUCCCAAAGUCACUCCUCCCCGGAGUCUGGCCUGCGACCUUGGGGAGCUGUCAGACUGCGACCUUCGGUGUUGAGCCAGCAGCACCCCAUGCCCUUGGCUCCCACCUGUCUGGAGAAGCUGCCCUUUCUUCCCCCCGUGAAGAUGGAGCAGGGGGGCCUGCAGGCUGCCGCCGAGGUGCUCCCGUUCCCUUCGGUCCACAUCCAGGAGGGUCUAAAUCCUGGUCACUUGAAGAAGGCCAAGCUAAUGUUUUUCUUCACACGCUACCCCAGCUCCGGCCUCCUGAAGGCGUGUUUCCCUGACGUCCAGUUCAACCGCUGCAUCACCUCCCAGAUGAUCAAGUGGUUCAGCAACUUCCGAGAGUUCUAUUACAUCCAAAUGGAGAAAUCUGCCCGGCAGGCAAUUUCAGAUGGCGUCACAAAUCCCAAAAUGCUCGUGAUUCUCCGCGACUCAGAGCUUUUUCGAGCUCUCAAUAUGCACUAUAACAAGGGAAAUGACUUUGAGGUCCCGGAUUGCUUCUUGGAAGUCGCCAGCUUGACAUUACAGGAGUUCUUCAGGGCUGUCUCCGCAGGGAAAGACUCAGAUCCUUCCUGGAAGAAACCCAUUUAUAAAAUUAUUUCCAAGCUGGACAGUGACAUCCCAGAGGUAUUCAAAUCUCCCAGCUAUCCCCAGGAGCUGCUUCGGAACGAAGAUCCCACAGAGCGAGGAGCAGCUGGCCAGGGUUUCCUGGGUUUGUCUUAAAUGGCCGCUGUGGUGAUAUAAAAGGGACAUAAGGGCAGUCCUCUCCCCGCCACC